AUGGGUCGAUUUUACUCUAUCUCUGUGGCCUUACUAGCGGCUACAGGGUCGUUCCUGUUUGGGUAUGAUAGUGGUGUUAUGACAGAUGUCAUUGAGUCGCCAAAUUUCUUGCGGUAUUUCAAUACUUCACAGACGUCGGCUAUCAUUGGGGCUAUCAAUAGCACGUACUCGGGUGGAGCGAUGAUUGGCUCUUUGCAAGGCGGAUUGACAAUGGAUCGCUUCGGCCGCAAGUUCACUAUUCAGCUGGGUGCCAUCAUCUGUGUAAUUGGCGCAACGCUGCAGGCGUCUGCGCAGAAUUUCUCCAUGAUUCUCGUUGGCCGUAUACUAGCAGGCUGGGCUGUGGGGUUGAUGUCGAUGUCGGUACCGGUCUAUCAAGCCGAAUUUGCACAUCCACGAUCCCGCGGUUUGAUUGUUGGACUGUCGCAGCAGAUGAUUGGCAUUGGGUUCAUUGUCAGCACAUGGAUCGGAUACGGAUCGCUUCAUGCAUCAGAUAGGAGCCAGUUCCAGUGGCGCUUUCCAUUAGCUUUCCAAGUCGUCCCUGCUUUGAGUCUUGUCAUUGGCAUGAUAUUCCUUCCAGAGUCCCCGCGGUACCUCAUUGAGAAUGGAAGAUUCUCGGAAGCGAUGCAAGUGCUUGAAAAGACGCACUCGGAUGGAACAAACGACGACUGGAUCGAAGCCGAGUAUACCGGUAUCUGCAGGACCAUCGAGGCUGAAAAGAACAUCGCAAUGCCUGGUUGGACGCCGAUGUUCACAGUUCCACAAUGGCGCACACGCAUGCUGUACGUCUCGGUUAAUCCUGCCACUUCCAUUUCUGACAACAGCCGGGCCAGACAUGGUCUCGCCGUUCAAGCAUUCACGCAGAUGACCGGAAUCAACGUGAUCAGCUACUACCAGACCAUAAUGUACCGAGCUCUCGGCUUCACGGGCUCUCGAAACACGCUCGUCGCAGGCCUCUACAAUUGCGUCGGCCCUCUCGCCAAUCUCAUCUUUGUAGUCUAUUUGCUCGAUCGAGUCGGACGUCGCAAGCCCAUGCUCUUCGGCACCAUCGGUAUCUCUUUAGCCCUGAUCUGCGAAGCGGCACUAAACUCAAAAAAUUCGAACGGUGAGCGCAUCGGGUACAGCAUUGGCGGGGUGUUUUUUCUCUUCGCCGUUUCGAUCAUCUUUUCGAUGUCUUUUGGGCCCUGCAGCUGGGUGUACAUGGCGGAGGUCAUGCCGAUGCAGAUCCGUGGCAAGGGCAACGCCUUCGCCGUCGCGGUCGGGAACUGGGGCGUUAGUACCUUGUGGAAUCAGGUGUCGCCCAUCGCGCUGGAUCGAUUAAAGUGGCGAUUUUAUUUUGUCUUCGUGGCGUGGAGUAAGGUCUCUGUCCCUGUCAAUUUGAGCUGGGCUGAUACUAAGCUCAAAACGCUGGAGGAGAUUGAUGGGCUAUUUGGCCAAGGACCGGAAAUCAUAUCCGAGAGAGAAGAGGCUGGAGUGGAGAAGGAUAUAGGGGUUUCAUCCACGAUAGAAGAUACUGCAAUUCACUAG